AUGUACCUCAAUAAUGCAAACCGCGUCCUGACUGCGGCUUUUCGCGGGACAUCCUCCUUUGCGGAUCGCAUGUCCGAGUACUGGCAAUCAUGGCCUAAGAAGAGACAAAAGCAUGCUUUUGUGGUCGUCGUGACUGUGGUUUUGUUUUGUCUUGGUCUGAAACUAGGAUCUGACCUGUUCUAUGCCCAUUACUGGGAUCGGACGACAAUAUCCAGCUUUCCAAACACGCCCUACGUUGAUUACUGGGAGUGGGAGACAACGACCCGCUUCUCGAAUGCGCACAGCGCCAAUGAAACCCAAGAGAACAGUGGUGGCGAGGACCUUUGCGACUCCUUCCCAUCAUACCACCUCUCGCGCGUUCAAGUCGUUCUCAAAAUCGGCAGUACAGAGCCUCCUAAUCGUGUUGAUACCCAUCUGGCCACUGUUACCCGCUGCAUAACUAACCUCAUUGUCGUUUCUGACCACGAGUCGGAAUUCAACGGUCAUCACGUUCACGAUAUUCUCGCAACUCUGCCAGAGAGCUUUUGGGGGAAUAGCCCUGACUUUCAGGCGUAUAGCGCGCUCCAGCGCGGCGAAUACAAGAAGGUGGGGGGUUCUCAAGGUUGGACACUUGACAAAUACAAGUUCUUGCCCAUGGUCGAACGCGCUUAUGAAAUGAAUCCCACUGCUCAGUGGUUUGUUUUCAUCGAGUCCGAUACAUACGUCGUGUGGGACAAUGUGUUUCGUCUUCUUGACCAGUUCGACCCGUCUGUUCCUUUAUACUUUGGCUCCCCGACUCCGGGAAGGGACCACUCUUUCUUCGCCUAUGGGGGUGCUGGGUUUGUGCUGUCCACUGCCGCGGUCCAAAGGCUGGUGACUCGUAUGGGGGAAACCAAUGGCGUGUACAGUCAGCCUUCGUUGAGUCAGCGUUAUAAGUGGUUGAUCAAUAAGGAUUGUUGCGGUGAUUCCAUACUGGGAUGGGCACUCUACCAAAGUGGAGUGAAGCUGUCUGGGAUGUGGCCGAUGUUCAAUCCACAUCCUGUGCAUGGGGUUCCGUUUAAUGAACACCAUUGGUGUCAGCCAGUGAUUAGCAUGCAUAAAUUAUCGUUGGAAGAUAUGGCGGGGCUGGCGCGAUGGGAGAAUCAACGGGACCGAAAGCUUCCAUUGCUAUAUGCCGACCUCUUCGAGUACACAAAACUUGGCACACUCGACUAUAAAACGAACUGGGACAAUGGUGACUGGGGCGGAUGGCAAGAACCGCCCGAAUCACCCGGCCAUAAGUCUGUUGAAGCCUGUGCGGAAGCAUGCCAUGAGCAUCCCCGGUGUUUCUCAUAUACCUAUGUCCAUUCUGGUCGCUGUGUUUUCGUUCCAUCGAUGCGACUAGGCGCGCAAAAACCCGCCACAAAAGACACCACCCUAUCAGCCGGGUGGGACCUGGAGAAAAUCAAGCAGUUCCGGGAUACCCACAAAUGCCAGCGACCUCAGUGGGUGAAGCCAAGUACGGAACGCAUUUUUUGA